ACGCAGGACUGCAGACAAGGAUAUGCAGCGGCAGUUUUGGAACAAAUUCAGACAUAUCCUGAGCUCCGCCGGAAGAAAUCGACGUCGACCCGUCGCUCCGGCCAUCUCCCGGCACCGUCGACCCCUCCACAAGCAUCCUGGACCUCGUCGCCGGCGACUCUCCGUUGAUCCUCGGUCCCAGCGCCUACUCCACCACGUCCGCCCUGCCGAGACGCAUGUCCGGUGCCGUUUUCUUCCUCGCCGUUCGCCCUCCAUCGCCAGGGUUGUGCUUGUCGUCAUCUACUUUGAUCCCUGCGUCCCCCGCUGUUAUGCAUCUCUGUCAGAUAGAGUUAUCUUCGACAGUUGCUUGGUCCAAAGAUCCACAGUGUCUGAACCAUCUCAACAUCUGAAUUUCAGAUCGACUGAUGUCGCGCCUGAAGUUGGUUCUUUUGUACACGAGAGCAAACUAAAUCAGCAUCGUCAAAGCAGUAUGGUGGCCAGGGCCUUGAACUCUUUCUAGUUGGUAUGUGCUGUUCUCGUCGCCCGUGCCGGCUAGAUCGCCCGCAGCUUUCCUUGUUCAGACUUCAGAGGUCACCCGACCUGUGCUGACCUGCACAUGCACGAACCAUCCCGAAGUUCAGAUACCUGGCUAGG